CAAAAAUAAGAACGUUAAUUAUUUCACAGAGGGCAUUUUCACAAGACGUUUAGUGAAGGCUACAUUUAAACUGUGAUGCCAUACUCCCUUAAGAAUGCCCACAUCAAGAACCCUGUCUUUUUUAGUGAGUAGGGCACAGGGAAGAUCGCUUCAGAUUGGUAUUCGUCCACUAUGAGCAGCAUAGAGCUCGCGCUGUCACAGCCAGUGUUUUUGUUGAUAGCGUCAAGCAGCCGCUCACGAGGAAGACGGUGUUUAAUGAAUUUAUGCUUAUUUAAACUGUAACGACAAUACAGACGUGUUGGAAAUACGCUCUACAUUAAAAAUGGGAAGACUAGGACACUUAUUUAUAGUUUUAUUCUUUCACAUUGCAUUUGGUGUGGAUUUCCAAAUGGAUUCAGGAUCCGCGCACCGGGUGUAUGUGAGGACUCCUGAUUCCGCGAAAAGUCUUAUCGGGACGAAGUCUGAUGCAGAUUUUGCUCUUCCUCAUCAUCACAUUCAGAAAAGAAGCGUUGAUCUUGGGUCAGAUUCCUGUAAUGGUUUGCGGGGAUAUGAUACCACAUUAAAAAGCAAUACGCACAACUGGACUUUCCCUGAUAUAAGUGGAACGGUGUCUUUGGCUUGGGUAGGAGAUGGAACUGGGGUUGUGCUAGCCCUGACGACAUUUCAGGUGCCACUUUACUUCCUGAGAGUCGGUCAGUCUAACCUCUAUAGAAGUGAAAACUAUGGGAAGUCAUUUCAGGAUGUUACAGAGCUCAUCAACAACACCUUUAUCAACACUGAUUUUGGGAUUGCUAUCGGUCCUGAAAGCUCUGGCAAGGUAAUCCUUACAGGAGAUUCAUCCAGAGGGAGUGGUGCCAGAAUUUUUAUUUCAAAAGACUUCGGGAAGACUUUUAUCAACAAGGACUUGCCCUUCCACCCACUAAUGCAGAUAAUGUACAAUCCUAAAAUCUCAGAUGUGCUUGUGGCCAUCAGCAACAAGAAUGAUCUUUGGAUCUCUAAAGACUUUGGUGCAAAAUGGACGAAAAUUCAUGAGAUGGUGUGUGUUGUGAAAUGGGGAAUAGAUGCUCUGUUCUUCUCUGCCAAUCUUAACGGAUCCUGUUAUGAUAGAGGGAUGCUGGUCCUGAGGAGGUCAGUUGACCUUGGCGUCAACAUAAAGACAGUCGCUGAAAGGAUCUACUCCUUUGGGAUUGGUGGACGCUUCCUGUUCAUUUCAGUUAUGACUGGAAGCAUGAUGGAGUCAGCAGCAGAGGAGAUAAUGCGUUCAAUACACGUAUCAGUAGAUAAAGGUGAUUCGUGGAACAUGGCCCAACUUCCUCCAGUCAGUCAUGAGCAGUUCUACUCGAUACUGGCAGCCAGUGAUGAAAUGGUCUUCAUGCAUGUGGAUGAACCAGGAGACACUGGGUUUGGCACCAUCUAUGUGUCAGAUGACAGGGGCACUAUAUAUUCUAAGUCUCUCGAGCGCCAUUUGUAUACGACCAUAGGAGGCGACACAGAUUUCACGAACGUCACUUCACUCAGAGGAGUUUUCACUACUAGUGUCCUGGCUGAGGAUGGCUCUGUGCAGACUGUAAUAACAUUUGAUCAGGGUGGAGAGUGGGUUCCUUUGAAGAAACCGGAGAACAGCCAGUGUGAUUCUGCAAGCAAAGAUAAAGAGAGGUGUAGUCUGCAUAUUCAUGCCUCAUACAGCACCUCCAAGAAGCUAAAUGUUCCCAUGCUGCCUUUGAGUGAACCCAAUGCUAUUGGACUCAUCUUGGCACAUGGCAGUGUUGGUGAUGCAAUUUCAUUAAUGACUCCUGAUGUGUUUGUAUCUGAUGAUGGUGGCUACACCUGGCUGCAAGCUCUGAAGGGUCCGCACCACUAUGCUAUUCUGGACUCAGGAGGCCUGUUGGUGGCCGUGGAACACAAUAUAGCCAUACCCAUCUCUGAGAUCAAGUUUUCUACCGAUGAGGGGCAAUGUUGGCAUGUUUAUAAGUUCACCCAGACGCCGAUGUACUUCACAGGGUUGGCCUCAGAGCCUGGCGCCCGCUCAGUGAACGUCAGUCUCUGGGGUUAUGAAGAUGCUUUGAUCAGCCACUGGGUAACUUACACCAUUGACUUUAGAGACCUGCUGACUCAUAACUGCACCGCAAAUGAUUAUGUCCAGUGGCUGGCUCACUCUGAUGAUAUCAGCGACCCGGAAGAUGGCUGCAUGCUGGGUUAUAAGGAGCGCUUCCUUCGUGUGAGAAAGGACUCAGUUUGCUGGAUUGGCAGGGAUUAUGUAGUCACCAAGCAGCACACGCCAUGCCGCUGCACGCUGGAUGACUUCCUGUGUGACUUUGGAUACUACCGUACAGAGAACAGCUCAAAAUGUAUUGAACAGGCUGAUCUCAAAGGCCAUGAUUUGGAUAUCUGCAUCAAUGGCGAAAAGGAACAGCUACAGACCAGCGGGUACCGAAAGAUUCCGGGUGAUAAAUGUGAAGGAGGGCAACAACCAGAAAGAAAAGUGAUUGACCUGAGGAAGAAAUGCGUCAGCAAUCUGCUGGACACUCAACAGAUGACAGAUAAACCUACCUCACAUAUUGCCCCUGUCAUUGCAAUCGUCACAGCCGUCCUGCUUAUCAGUGUAGUGUUUGGAGUUCUCUUUGUAAGGAAAUAUGUUUGUGGUGGAAGGGUCCUGGUACACAGAUACUCAGUUUUACAGCAUAAUGUGGAAGCCAAUGGUGUAGAUGAGCCACUGGAAACAGAUGUGACUGGAGCACCUAAGAAUGAUUUCCAUGACGAUUCAGAUGAGGACAUUCUGGAGUAAAGUGGAGAGGAGCUACUCUUCCUGUCCUUCAGGCAUUACUGCUGCUGUCUCGUCCUUCUACUAAUGCACCAACCAGCUGUCUCCUUUUUCAAACUUCCAAAUCUACCAGCUAACGUCACGCACUUCCUGCUUC